CGAAUGGAGAAGGCAGUUCGCAGGUUUAAGCAAGAGAACCCAGGCACCCAGACUGCACAUGUCCUCUCACUGACAAUGGUGGAGCUGGUGGAGAAGCUGAAGGAGGGGUCCCUAUCCCCAGAAAGUGUCCUCUACUCCUACAUGGGCAAAGCUUUGGAGGUGACUCAGGAAGUGAACUGUGUGAUAGACUUCAUUCAUGGCUGUGAGGAUCAGCUCCAGAAACUGAAGAAGCAGAAGGAGAAAGGGCUGCUCUAUGGCAUUCCCAUCAGCAUCAAGGACCACAUUGACUGCAAGGGCCACGUCUCCUCUGGAGGGAUGGUGAAGUUUCUGGGCCAAGUGAAGGAAGAAGACAGCGUCAUUGUCCAGGUUCUAAAGAGCCAGGGGGCAAUCCCCUUCGUGAAAACCAACAUCCCACAGACGAUGAUAAACUAUGACUGCAGCAACCUCAUCUUCGGCCAGACGCUGAACCCUCUCAACCACCAGAAGAGCCCUGGAGGCUCCUCAGGAGGGGAGGGAGCUCUGAUCGCAGGAGGAGGCUCCAUCCUGGGCAUCGGCUCAGAUGUAGCUGGCAGCAUCCGCCUGCCAUCCAGCUUCUGCGGGUUGUGCGGGCUCAAACCCACAGGCAACAGGAUCAGUAAACUGGGAGUGGUUUCUCCUAUCACAGGAAUGAAAUCAGUGACAGCGGUGCUGGGGCCAAUGGCAAGAGAUGUGGACAGCCUGGCCCUCUGCAUGAAGGCACUGCUCUGCCAGGAGAUGUUCCGGCUGGACCCCACUGUGCCCCCCCUCCCCUUUGACGAGGAGGUUUACACCAGUUCAAAGCCACUUCGGAUUGGGUAUUAUGAAGGAGACGGCUACUUCCAGCCCUCACCCAGCAUGAAACGGGCCAUCCAGCAGACCAGAAAGCUCCUCCAGGAUGCAGGGCAUACGCUUGUUCCCUUUGCACCACCCAAGAUUGACUACAUGGUGGACGAGCUGUUCACCAGAGGGAUUUUCUCGGACGGUGCUGCUCACCUUGUUGACAGCUUCAAUGGAGACAUCGUGGAUCCCAACCUGAAGUCCCAAUUCAAUACUUACAGGCUUCCUGCUCUGGUGAAGAGGAUCUUGGCUAUCAUUUUAAAACCCAUAUACCCACGAAUCGCUCGGGAUCUCAACGCUCUCUGUGGAGUCGGGUCUGCCAAAAAACUCUGGGAUCAGCAUGCAGCAGUGGUUUACUGCUCUGAAUUCAUUGCUAAAUGGAGGAAGCUAAAGCUGGAUGUGAUUCUUUGUCCUGCGCUGGGGCCAGCCUUUAACCAUGGCUACGCUGGGAAACUAUUUGCUGCAACCUCGUAUACCAAUUUAUACAACGUCUUAAACUUCCCUGCUGGGGUGGUGCCAGUCAGCACAGUCACAAGAGCCGACGAGGAAGAACUGAAGCAUUACCAAGGGCACUAUGGAGACCCAUGGGAUAAGAGGCUGAAAGAGGCUGUGGAAGGAGCCGUGGGUCUGCCGGUGGCUGUCCAAUGUGUGGCUCUGCCAUGGCAGGAGGAGCUGUGCCUUCGCUUCAUGAAGGAGGUGGAGACGCUUGCCCAUGGCACGAAGAGAAAUGUGUGA